AUGCCAAACAGCCAGCAAAACCCCUCAGCAUCCGUGCGCCCGCAUACAACCGCCGUACAGCCUUCACCCCUGCCGGCUGAGCGCUCGUCCCCCCCUUCAAAACGCGAUCUUACCUCGUGGUGGAAGCAAUUCAAGCGCAACACAAAGAAACAAGAAGCAGAACCGUCAACUGGAAUUUUCGGAGUCCCUCUAAACGUCAGCAUCAAAUAUGCAAAUGUUGCUAUCUCGCUUACCGGCGAAGAUGGAAAGAGCUUUGUUUAUGGCUACGUUCCUAUCGUUGUCGCUAAGUGUGGAGUGUUCUUGAAAGAAAAAGCUACUGAUGUAGAGGGUAUUUUUCGUCUGAGCGGCUCUGCUAAGCGGAUUAAGGAUCUACAAGAGGUCUUCAACACUGCUGACAGAUACGGUAAGGGUCUGGAUUGGACCGGUUAUACCGUUCAUGAUGCAGCCAACGUUCUGCGGCGCUACCUAAAUCAACUCCCGGAACCGAUCGUGCCCUUGGAUUUUUAUGAGCGUUUCCGAGACCCAUUAAGGCCUCAGCAGACUCAGAGUCAAAAGAAUGAGGAAGACGAACCGGACGGCUCCAAGCUUCCCAAUCGUGAGGAGACAGUUGCAAUGUACCAGAAGCUCAUAAAAGAACUACCUCCACUCAACCGACAACUUCUGCUCUACAUUCUUGAUUUACUGACGGUUUUCGCCUCUAAAUCUGAUUUAAACCGAAUGACGGCGGCAAAUUUGGCGGCGAUAUUUCAACCCGGUAUGCUAUCGCAUCCGAAUCACGACAUGUCACCGGCAGAAUACAAGCUAAGCCAGGAUGUCCUCAUUUUCUUGAUCGAAAACCAGGAUAAUUUCCUCUUUGGUAUGAAUGGUACCGCGGCAGAUGCCCAAACUGUUAAAGAGAUGGAGGAAGGCAUAUAUGCACAACCGCAAAAAUCGAAAUUACGACGUUCAGUAUCGAACGCUAGCGGCGGACCAGACAGUCUUAGGAAAUAUGAGAAUCUGAGAAGAAACGUGUCUGUAUCUUCACGACACUCCAGAAACCCAGGCGGUCAUCCUGGCAGCCCUCCUACACCAAAAUCGAUUAAUAGCUUCGGAGUGCAUCGAAGCAACACCGUUCCGUCAAAAAGACCACCCGGGCUCUCGCCCACAUUCAACCGAUCACAACCAGCUCCUUCACUUGCGAAGCCAUUAACGCCUGCUCCGCAUUCUGCACCGCUUACCCAUAGCGGAACGAAGUUGGCAGAAACAACAAACAUCUCUAAAGUCAAUAAACCGGAAAUGCGUAUCGAGAUUGACCGCUCAGCGUCAACAAUUGAUAGUGAGGCACAAGCAGACCACAAUCUUACAGAGCCCGGUGGUUCUAAACAGGUCGUAACACCAAGUCGAGAGCGUAAAUUGGCAUCACUUUUUGUGUGGUCCAGUCCUCCUGAUGAUGGUAGACAGCCAAACAGACUACGAAAGAAACGUCGCAUACCUGGCAGCGCCAGUGAAAGUGCACAGAGUUCAACCCACUCUCUUCAUCAUCUUGACGAUGUCGGAUCACCACCCCCACCCCUAUUGCGCGCAGUGUCCAAUAACGAUGCUGACCGAGCACUGGUGUCGACACCGAAAACGUCGAGUUUCAACAAUACAGUUAAUUUGUUGAACACUUCAACCAAUCAGGCAAGUAUUGAAGACCAAAGCAACCCACAAGGGCAAUCGGAGACAUUGAAAACGGUUAUAUCACGGACAUCCUCUCCGUCGUUAAACUAUGUCACUGACCAGUCAGACUUGGAACAUGUCGAAGAGAAUAACGACAAAAAAGAGAAAAGACGUAGCUGGAGAUUCCACCGGUCGUCAAGACGGGCCGGGGAACCUGCGUCUUUAAGCAUGUCACCUCCUGCGGCAGCCGGAUCCCACACUCGUGCAAGAUUCAGCAGCCCUUCGCUUGCCAGUUCAAAUUUACCAAUAUUAUCAAACGAGGCUCCGCAAGUCGAGAAAGAGGGCUCGUCAUCUUCUGUUCUCUCGCCUAGUGUACCCGAUACUACAAUCAGCACACAUACUAAAAGCCUAUCUUCUGCAAAGGACAGUGAAGACGAAGAACGAAAGGGAUUUUUUAGCAAAAUCAAAGCCAGGGUCUCCCAUGUAAAAGAAGGAAUGAGAGAUAAAGAAUCGGAACAUGCACGAGCUCAGAGCCCGCCGGUUGCUGACCAUGAUAAGGUGGCUUCUCGUGCGAGCCUCUCUUUCUUCAGCAAGGAUGCGAAAACCACCCGCGGGCCGUCGGUGGAUAUCACAAGAGAUCAACACCCUUCGGUCAGCCAGCCUCCUUCUGCCUCAAUCAUACCUCCUGGGCCACCAGCUCCACCCACUAUCGCUCGAGAAGAACCUGCCCCAGCCGACGUUGUCACAGUGCUACCAAAGGUUGAAGAAGAACCAUCCCCCCCAGCAACUGUCAUUGACAAGCCAACCCAACCAGAAUCAUCAUGUGAGCCGGAUACUCAAGAUUCGAACCAGAAACUAGAAUCUACUGAGACCCCCACCAAAAUUACAAAUGUCAGUGAACACCACGUCGAACCACACAAAGAACCCGCCCAAACAACAACGAAGUCUCCCAAUGAAAUAUCAGAAAAUGAUGAUAAAGGUACAGAAACAGCAGUUCAAAUGGCCGCCGAUGCACCUCCAGCCCCAGAGCCCUCAAAAGAAUCGACACAGGCGACCUCUUAA